UGAAGGUAACAUCAGAGGGGAUAAAUUGCAGGCGCAAAUGCUGCAGACAGAGUCCAGGUGGAGACUACAUGAUGGUGCAGCUGUACUGUUGGGGAGACAGCUCCAGUGGACAGUUCGGUCCACAGACAGCCCUCAGCCCGGUGUCCUGGUCGGUCCCCGGGGUUAUCACCGACAUCUGCUGCGGGGACCAGCACACUUUACUGCUCAACGGGGAGGGCGGCGUGUUGUCAUGUGGAAACAACUCUCAGGGACAACUUGGACGAAAGAACCGUAAAGAUGGGAGAACAGGUCGUGUGGAGGGGCUGGGCGAUGUGGUGGCCAUAGCUUGUGGUCAGGACCAUUGCCUGGCUGUGUGUGCAUCUGGAAAGGUGUUCUCCUGGGGGGCAGGAGAGGACGGACAGAGAGGCCUUUUACCAAAUCUACUCCACAACAGACCAAGUCAUGUGCAGAUGCCACUGCCAAUACCUGUGAUUCAAGUUGCUUGUGGAAACUCCCACUCUCUGGCUCUGACUAAAGGAGGCGAUGUCUUCUCGUGGGGUUCGAACAGUCAUGGUCAGCUAGGCCUGGGGAAGGAGGUGUCGCUGCAGUUUGUACCUGACCUGGUGCGCGCUCUGACCGGCGUAGCGGUUACCCAGGUUACGGCCGGAGCGACCCACUCCCUGUUCCUCACACUCCCAGGCCUGGUGUACUGCUGUGGGGCCAAUAAAUCUGGCCAGCUGGGUCUCAACAGGGUGGACGAGAAGGGCAGGUUCAACAUCUGCAUGGUACCCGCCCUCAGACCUCUGGGUGUCUCCUUCAUAAGCUGUGGAGAAGCACACUCUGCUGUGUUAACUAAGGACGGCAAGGUUUUCACUUUUGGAGAGGGAAGCUACGGUCAGCUCGGUCACAACUCCUCUGAUAAUGAACUGAAACCCAGACUGGUGGACGGUUUGGAUGGACCUGCAUCACACAUUUCCUGUGGCAGACGUCAUACACUGGUUUUGUCCUCCUCUGGCCAGCUGUGGGCUUUUGGCGAUGGGGCCAAAGGUCAAAUUGGGACAGGACGAACAGAAAAUAGUCUGACUCCCACUCUGGUAUCUCUUCCAUGGACCACUGAAAGUGUGGUAGCCGUCCCCAAGGCAGACUUGAAAAUAUCAGCUGGGUGGAAUACAAGCUGUACCUACGCUUCACCUCCACAGCGUUUGGACAAAGGACAGAUAACUGGGCGACUUGAUGAGACCAAACUUCAACAAUGGCUGUCAAUGACACAUGGCAACGUAGAGGAAAAGAGAGAAAUAUCUUCCAUGUUUCAGACCAGCACAAGUCUUGUUGCAAGUUUCACGAAGGCUGAUGGGCCUCCAUCAGAAGCAGGUGCUCUAACUGUGGACCUUGAUGCAGCUAGCGAAGCUUUCGACCAGAUGCUGGCAGUGCCAUGGAUCAAACAAUCAGUAAAUCUUAUACUCCUGAUUGAUUUGCUCUGCAAUCCAAGCCAUCUCCUAAAAUCACCAGAAAUCUUCCUGAUUCUGCUGACGUGUCCCCUCCUCCAAGAGGAGUGUAAUGUCAUGCAGCCGGUGUUGGCGCUGGCGAUCAAUAUUGCAGAUCUGCAAGAGAAGACUAAAGAUACACUAAGACGCUGGUGGUCCACCCUGAGACCCUCCAUACUGAUGAAGCACAUCUUGGUGUUCAAAAAGGCCCUGGCCUUCAUGCUCAGAAAUGGCCUCCUGGUAACUCAUUACCCCGGAGUCAAAUACCUGGUGGAGGUCCUCAAGAUGCUGUACAAAUCAAACAAAGCUGGAAAGUCCUACAAAGUCCCACCGAGCACCUUCUACGUAGAGGAGAUCAGUGACAGUGUGCUGCUAGAUCGGGACUUUGCUCUUUGGUUUCAAUUUUCCAAAGAGGAGGAUGAUGUCGACACACCCGUCAUUUUCUGCCGCUACCCAUUCCUGUUCACUCUGGUUCGAAAGGUGGCAGUCUUUAACUACUAUGCAUUUAUCUCAAAGAAAGUGCAGGGUUUCCUUCAUGGACUGGCCUUGGUGUGUCCUGAAGAGCUCUGGUUGGACGGCCCAGACUCCGCCCCCGCGCCGGUCUUCCAGCUCACCCUGAGACGCUCUCAUCUGGUGGAGGACACCUUCAGACAGCUGGGGGCGGCCGACCACUGCGCCUUCAAGAGGGAGCUUUUGGUGCAAUUUGAUGAAGACAGGAAGAAGGUGAUGGAUGUCUACAAAAGAGAUUUCUUCCUGCAAGUGAUUAAAGAGCUGAUGUCUCCCAAGUCUGAAAUGUUCAUGUUCAACGAGAGCAACACUCUGGCCUGGUUCCCUGUCAGGCCAAAAGUAGAGGAGAAGACUUACUUCCUGUUUGGCGUUCUGUGCGGCCUGGCUCUCUACCACCACAACCUUGUCCACUUGCGCUUCCCACUGGUUCUCUUCAAGAAGCUGCUCAAGGUCAAACCCUCACUGGACGACAUGAAGGAGUUCGACCCUGUCAUGGGAGAGUCUUGGCAGUUCCUGUUGGACUGUCCUCCUGAUGAGGUCAAAACAAUUGACAUUACUUUCACUGUGCCCUGGGGCGGAGAGACAGCUGAACUUGACCCGAAAGAAACUGGGAAAGUUGUGACAGCGUCCAACAGGAAAGAGUUUGUAGAUGCCUACGUCAACUAUGCCUUCAACAAAUCAGUGGAGGGAGCAUUUGAAGCGUUCAAGAAAGGCUUCUUCAAAGUGUGUGAUAUCGACGUGGUGGAGUUCUUCCAGCCCGAGGAGCUGCAGGCAGUGAUGGUGGGCCAGGAGAACUACGACUGGGAGGUGUUCAAGAAGAACACAGUUUAUAAAGGAGACUACCAUGACAGGCAUCCAAACAUCGUGACCUUCUGGGAGGUGUUUGAGAAUCUGACCGCGGAGGAGAAGAAAAAAUUAUUUCUGUUCGUCACCGGCUCCUACCGUGUUCCCUUCCUGGGUAUGGAGAGUGUUCAGAUGAAAGUCGCAGUGUUGCCCGAUUCCACCGAGAUCCAUAAGCCAGAAUCCCUCACCUGCCACCAUCUGCUGUUACUGCCCGUCUACCAGAGGUACCCGGCCGAGAGGACCAUGCACACCAGGCUCCUCCAGGCUAUUAAUCACAACAGAGGCUUCUGAAAGAAAGCAGACAUUACAGAAUGAAGUAAUGAAGUCCGCAUUAUUAUCAUUUAAAGAGUUGUUAUUUUUGUCGGAAUAAUCUGCCAAAUGUAAGCUUCAUCAGCAGUCCAUAUUCUAUUAUUCAGUAGUUUGAGAAACAGUUAUGCAUGUAUUUUAUUUGAUUGCACUUAAACAUGUUGACAUAUUAAGAAAUCGUGUUUUUUGGGAACUCUGUUAUAGGUAUGACCGGUGUUUUAGCAUAAACACACAUUUGAAUAGGGAAGAAAGAUUUAAAAAUAAAUAAAAUCUGCCUGACGUAACACAACACUUUAAAGUGUAUAGUGGGCCAACAUUUUAAAAUCAUUCUCCACAAAUUGUGUAUCCAGAAAUCAGGCUACUGCCAUUUCUGUCACUGUUACAGUAGGUCCACUCUGGAUUGAGCACCAUGCUUUUGAAACAUUAUGAUGACAUUCUUAGCAUUAAAGACUUAUUCUGUUCAUGUUGUACAAGUUUAAAAUGUAAGUUAAUAUUUUAUGUUUGUGUGACCAAAGUAAAACAAAAUCUUUGUUAAUCAGGAAAUGUAUUAUUUUCUUAACUUUGUAACCUAACAAACUAAAUAAAUGUGUUUUCUAUUCAA